UUGGUUUCCCGAGCGCUCGCAACGCACAUCGCACUCGGAUGAAAUACAAACUUCUCUUUUCGCUGUGCUAAAAUUCACGAGUUACUAACUCAUUGGUUUUUUUGUUUUUUUUUUUUGUUCUUGUGUUUGUCUUCUCACCAGUGCACAGUACAUCGGUAUAAAGAAACUAAUUUGCGAUGCGUUACCGGUCAACUUAGUGCAUCCAAGUGUCGUCGAUUCAGGGUUUGUUGUUGGUGUAUUUUAUUUUUUUUUUUUUUUUUGUUUUUGUUAAAAAGCAAGUAGUUCAUCGCAUUGUUACAAUCGACAGCUUCGUGCAUGAAUCCUAGCUUUAGUUAAUAGUGACGAAUAAAAAAAAACUGUUCGACGUAGUAAAAAUAUAACAUAAAAAAAGCACCAUCACCAAAGUAAACCCGUAGUAGCGUGCAUGUGUAUUUAUCUGUGUGUGUGUAAUACAUGCACAUGAGUGCAGUAAUCGUAGAGUCAAAGCGAGUGCAUGUAGGAAGAGAGUAAAUAAGACACCCAACAAUCACCCGCACGAUACAAUACACCCCCACCGAGAGGGAUACUUUUUUUAAUUUCUCCAUCUCCUUGGUUGUGCGCGGAUAAGUGGCCAACGACAACGUCAACAACAAUAAUACGUACAGCAACAACAACAUAAGGCUAAAGGAAAAGAGCCUUCGAUGGUAAACAUGGCGCGUGAGCGGCGCGAGUGUGGGUGCAGGAGCACCAGAUCGCUGAUCUUCAUCGCGAUCCUCUCCGCCGUCGCCUUUGACCUCACGGGUGUUAACGCUGCAGCUGCGGGAGAGUCUGACCCCUCGCUCUACGAGUACCAUGCAAGCGACGUGUCCUUGUUGGACCAGGAGCUCGUCUUCCACCUCGAAUCGAGUCCCCGGAGCUUUCGCACGCUGGACCGCCGGCGACGCAUGGCCGUGCAGCCGCAAGCCGACAUGGAAUCUCCAACGAAACCCCAAACGCCGCACCAAGACCCGUUGAUUUCGACCAAGACCAACGCGAGCGUUAAGGUGUCGUACUCGACGACCGAGAAAAACGCCACCGUGGCCACGUCCACGGUGAAAUCGGCAAUGCUGCCGAGCAGCGUGGGACCUUCCACGACCCCCAACAACGAUAAAGGCAAGGGUGUCAUCGUUUCGACGCCGAUUGUGCCGCCGAUCGAUAAGAAUGCCACGAAGACGGCCAAUGCAAGCGCCGCUGUGGGUGCGGCAGUCGCUGGGGAUAAAGUGGAAAAACCGGUGGUAAACGUCUGGGCGAACCAAACGCUGUGGCCGAACGCGACGAAGCAAAAGGUCCCAUCGGAGCAGGGAGUAACCGAGCUGGAUGACUUUAUCGGCAAGUACCCCACCGACGUGACGAACAAGACCCUCCACGACAACAACGUCACGAAAACCGAGACCGAUACUCACCAGUACUACAACAGCACCUUCAGUACCGACGAAGCGUUCGGAAGGAGGUACUGGGUCGACCUCGACAGCCAUCCCGAUCUCCAGAUCAACACCCUGCUGAGCAAAAGCCAUCGUUGGGCUGCUACGAUCAAACUGAAGUUCGACUUUCCGUUUUACGGGCACAAAGUGCGCAACAUAACUAUCGCGACGGGCGGCUUCCUCUACACCGGCGAGUACGUUCACAGCUGGCUGGCAGCCACUCAAUACAUCGCCCCGCUUAUGGCCAAUUUCGACACCACGCUCUCGCCAAAGAGUUACGUCAAGUACGGUGACAACGGUACGGCGUUCACGGUCGGAUGGGAGAACGUCCACUUGCAAGAUAAGCCGGAGGCCGGACCGUUCACGUUCCAGGUGACGCUCAUGCAAAACGGUGACAUCAUUUUUGUGUACUCGAAGAUACCGGUCCUCGUGGAAAAUAUCGAGGACAAGGAGCAUCCCGUUAAAAUCGGCCUCAGCGACGCCUACAUGAUGGACAACACUGUUUUCUUCGCACGUCGUAAGACGAUCUACGAGUACCACCGAAUGAACUUCAAUAAGCAGGACAUUAAGAAUUGGACGGCAAUCUACCUAAAAGCCCUACCAACCUGUUUGCAAAUGGAAAACUGCAACGACUGCCUGACCAAAAUCAAGGACUUUGACUGCAAGUGGUGCUCUAAGCUGCAAAAGUGCAGUACCGGGACGUUCCGCUUAAGGCAGGAGUGGCUGCAGAAGGGCUGCGACGUAAGCAAUAUCAAAGAACUGGAUAAGUGUCCCGAUCCUAGCCUUGGCCACAAACUCCACGACACUCACGUUGAAGAUCAUCGUACCGAUGACAUGCCCUCGAUGACAAAGUACAGCUCGAAUCAAGCGGUCAGCAAGUCAUUGGAGUCUAUAGAAGAUGCCCGAGACAACAUGAACAUGGGAGUUUCUGGAAUCAUCAGUAUCCUCUUCAUCGUGUCUCUCAUCAUGGGGUUGGCUGCAUGGGCUGCAUAUGCCUACCGCAACCCCCACACAGCGUCUGGACAGAUGCUCAUUCGAUACCGACCAAGCCAGUGGAGUUGGCGACGAGGUGAGGCACGCUACACAGCAGCAACAAUCCACAUGUGAUCCCACGACAAUGGCAGUGGGCAGCAACAAACGCAGCUCAGCACCAUAACAUGAAAAAUGUGUUUCCAGUCGAACUGUCAAACCAAACCCUACUAUUCUCAUCCCCCUCUAUAUUUAGUUCCCAAUUUUCCCUGGAGAAUCAAUCACCUUUCAAGUGUCUUACAGAAAAAAUGAACAUUUUUUCUGCUUGGAGUUGAAAAACAUGUGAAUUUUCCGAUAGUUAUGGUGUCUAUCCAUAUAAUUGCAUGCAUCGCAAAUGUAUGAUGACAAAAAAAGGGCAUGAACAUUGCGCAACUAGUUUAAUGUGUUGAUUAAGGAGUAGUGAGCGUAUUGUUUACAAAUAUUUAUACAUAUUACCCGUAAAUUGUAUUACAAAUGUUUAUAUCCAGCGAUGUUUCGUCGAUAAAACUUCACAUGUUGGCUUAUAGAUUUUAAUUGAAAUUGCUUACUAUUCAUGAUAAUGUUGAUUACUAGAAACGUUUGUCAACACUUGGAAAUUUAUACGUUUAUUCUGUGCAUAGGCCAAAAGUACAAAGUUUAUGAAUCAACUUGACCACUUCAAAAUAAUAUCAACAUUUGCGUUAAAUCCUCCCAUUUGAUCUUGAUCCGCAUUGUAUUAACAGAUCAUGAAUCAUGAUGAAGAAGUAUAGGUUGAUACAAGUACAAACUUAAUCUGCAGAAUCGACGAAACUCGUAGUGCCUUUAUUGUAAAACUUAGUAAAAAAAGGUCUUAAAUAAAGCACAUGCAUAUCCAAGAAGAUACGUUUACAUACAUACACGUGGGAACAAGCGAUCAAGUUGAUACCGUUUAUUAUGAAUACAUACGCAAUAAAUUUACAAUGUGAUGUUAGCAGCACGUCGUAUAUGUAUAAUUUUGUUAUUGUUUAGGAAUUCGUUUUUUUAUCGUUAGAGAAAUUAAUGUAAUUGUUUUAUAUAUAAUAAUUAUUAUUAUCAUUAUUAUUACAACACAUAAUUAUAACUAUUAUUAUGAUGAUCUUGACAUAAAAGGGAACACGAGAUUCUUAAAACAAUCAUGUUCUUGCACAAUUAUCGUUCAGAAAAUAUGGCUUGACAUUGUGAUUGGAUACUAAUAUUAAUAAUCAGAGUAUCGUAUGAAGAAAAUUGUUGUUUUUGAAAAUUUCGUCUUGUAUACUCUAGUAUAAUAAGACAAUUACAAAUGUACAUAUAAGAUGUGUGGAGUAGAAAAUUACUUAAUUCUUUUUACGUGUACGUCAAGCCGUGAAAUGUAAAAACAAGUUAUACACAUGCUAUAAAUAUAAUGCAAGAUUUAUACAAAUAUAUUUGAUUGGAUUUUGAAUUAACUUUUCCGAAUGCUUUGUUAUAAAACACACUUGAUAUUAAAACAAAACGAAUUAUUUAACAACUAUCGUGCAUCGAAUUGUGUUUUAUAAUUACUGUAUAUAGUAGCAUUUAUAAACAGCUAUAUGAUUUUUACCUAAUUUUUAAGUUAAUAUACUAUGAGAGGUGCCUAUUCUACAUACAGUUAAACUUAUUGUACACAUUUUUAAAAAAGCAAAUGUUUGAUAACCCAAAUUUACACAAUCUAAAAUAUAAGUUUUCUAUCUGUAAAAAUAAGUACAUUUUUUUACGCAGUCAUAUGAAAAAAAAAAGAAAAAAAAUAUGAACACUAAAAAAGUUACAUUUUAUACAAACAAUACAGUAUACAUAGAGUCAAUAUUAAAUUUUUUACUACAGAAUUUUGUACGGAUUUUUGAACGAACGACUUUCUUACUCGUGCACGUUUUUCAUGAUCCUGUUCUAUUAAAGUCUUAAAAUGAAUUAGUUUUUGUGAUGGAAAUAAUUAUUGAUUUUAGUCAAUUUUUUAUCAAACAUUAAUAUACAUAAAAACUUAUAUACUAUUACUAAGGCACUAAAGUAAAAAAGAAACAUAUUAUGUAAGUUUCAUUUAAAAAAAAAUGUGUGUUAUGUAAGCUCC